AUGCCUCUGGACGAGGAGGGAGCUAAGUGGUCCUGCGAGCCAUGUAUUCGCGGUCAUCGAUCCUCAAAAUGCCAGCAUUUCGAUCGAUUGAUGAUAAAAGUGCGCAAGGCUGGACGUCCUCUUACUCAGUGUCCUCACCCGAAAGGAGCUUGCAGUUGCCAGAGGACAUAUAUCGCAAUGGCCAGAAUCUCGAAAGGCUCGAGGUAUCUUUGCCGACCUUUAUACAAACUCCCAGAGAGUCAAGAUGACAUCUCUCAAUCAACCCCAGCAUAUGUGCCCCUUAUGGCGUCACCACAUCCGUCUCGUUAA